AUGGAAUUUCAAGAAAUCAUCGAAAUAGAUCCAAAUCUGCGUACCGAGGAUGUAAGGACACAAGGCACGUUUGAAUCCUUGAUGAUUUCUCCUUCAACGGUGGCAAAUCUCAAGAAUCAUGGAUAUCGUAUACCAUCUCCGGUGCAGAUGAAAGCUAUUCCUACAGGACUGACAGGAUUAGGUAGGAUUCCCGGUUUCCUUAUUGAUAUGUCUUCAGCAUUAAAGAACUGUGUUUCAGAUAUGUUGGUCCAGGCAAAGUCAGGGACCGGAAAAACACUUGUUUUUGCUAUACUUGCUAUUGAAAACCUGAACCUUCAAUCGAAUGAUGUACAAAAAAUCAUAAUUGCUCCUACCAGAGAGAUUGCCACCCAGAUCAAGGAUACAAUCAAAACGAUCGCCCAUUUCAAAACUCGUAUCGCUCUUCUGGUUGGUGGAACUCCAGUCCAUCUCGAUGUGCAGACCCUCAAAAGGGGUGCGCAUAUUGUCGUUGGUACUACGGGAAGAAUUUGUCAAAUGGCUCAAAGUGGUGCUCUUAACAUGAAGGCUAUAGAUCUAUUCGUUUUGGAUGAAGCUGACAAGCUUAUGGAAGAGUGCUUUCAGAAGGACAUCAACUACCUGUUUUCUGCUCUUCCGCCUUCACGUCAAGUAGCAGUCUUUUCGGCUACCUACCCACGGAAUUUGGACAAAUUAUUGGCUAAAUUCAUGCGAGACGCCUCAUUGGUGCGUCUGAAUUCUGAAAAAGAAGGAUUUCUUGCUGCCUUCAUAUCUGCUCAGAUGACGCAACCUGAACGCGAUUCUGUGAUUGAAAAGCUAAAACACAACAAAUUGAAAGUUCUUGUUUCUACAGACUUGGUAAGUUUUUAUAUGAUAUUAACUGUCUCAGAGAUUUCGAUGCAUCUGAAGUAG